CUGACAUUUCGUUCAGUCAACAAACGACGCUAUUUUGAUUUCAAUCUCGUUUUCAAUCGUGUAUUUUGUAAGAAAAAAUGCUGUGAAUUUUAUAGUUUAAAGUUAAUAUACCUGUAACUUAAUUCCCGUUAUUGUGUUACUGUCGUGAUUGUAAUCUAACCACAAAAUGACUGGGAGAGCUAAAAAGGCCGCCGCGCCAAAGAAAAAGGCCAAUGGAUACAAAAUGCCAGCUCCUAUUGCUACAGGGGAAGUAAUACAUGAUACUACUAUGAAGAAGAAAUGGCGCAUAGGGCCUUCCAUAGGAGUUGGAGGCUUUGGGGAAAUUUAUUCAGCGUGUGAUCAUGAUAGUACACCGAAAGGUUCUAACUAUCCUUUUGUCGUUAAAAUUGAACCUCAUGAAAAUGGGCCAUUGUUUGUGGAGAAACAUUUCUACAUAAGAAAUGCUAAAAUGGAGGACAUUACCUCAUUCAUGAAAAGCAAGAAGCUCUCAAGUCUUGGGAUGCCUUCGUACUACGGCAAUGGUUCACAUGACUACAAAGGCGAGAAAUACCGAUACUUGGUGCUGGAGCGCUACGGUAGAGACCUGUGGAGUCUGUUCACAGAGAGCGGAAGGUCAUUCCCGGCACCAACUGUGUUCCAAAUUGGUUUGCAGAUGUUGGACGUACUAGAGUACAUCCACAGCCGCGGCUACGUCCACGCUGACAUCAAAGGCGCCAACAUCCUGCUAGGGCUCAAGAAAGGGACAGAGAACCAGGCGUACUUGGUAGACUUCGGUCUGGCCACCAGGGUUAAUGAUAAGGAGUUCAAACCUGACCCGAAGUGUGCGCACAAUGGGACGAUAGAGUAUACUAGCAGGGAUGCUCAUUUGGGAGUGGCAACAAUGCGCGGUGACCUUGAGAUCCUCGGCUACAACAUGCUACAGUGGCUGGUGGGGACCCUGCCAUGGGAGAAGUCGCUAAAGCAACCCAAAGCUGUCCAGGAGAUGAAGGAAGCCUUUAUGAAGAGUGUGAAGACGAGCAUCGCUAAGCUGAGCGGCAAUGUCCCUGAUGCCCUAAUAAAAUUCUUCGAAUACAUAAACACAUUAAAGCCCAAAGAAGUUCCGGACUACGCGAAAUGCCGCCAAAUCUUCGAAACCUACCUCAAAAGCCAGGGCGUCACCAGGAACUCCAAACUUGUUUUUACAACCACCAAGAAAUCCAAAACGUCUAAAACUGUCAAUGUUGAUGAAAGUGAUGAGGAACCUUUGAAAAAAUCACCAAGAAAGAAGGCAGACGCUAAAGUAGUUAAAAAAAGGAUUCCAAAAGUAAAGGAAGCCAGUCCUGAAGAAAAUGGCGAAAACGAAGAACCUGCAGAAUCAGAUAAGAAAAAGAAGGCCAAGAGAAAGUCAGCAGAACCUUCAGUUCUUAUCAAAGUUAAGAAACCUAAAUUAGCUCCGAAAGCCACACCGCCUGUAAAGAAAAAUCACACAAAUAUGGCGACGCAAACCUCUUUAGAGAAGCGAAGAAGUCCCCGGGUAGUAUCAUUCGAUAGUCCUAUAAGUUUAAUUAUCGGAGAGAAGAUACCUUUGAAGAGGUCUAAAGAAAAUCAGAAGAACACCAGUGCUGAUAUGUUCGAAGAUUCCUUUGAGGAGAAAAAGUCUAAGAGGAAGGAGAAAAUACUUCUCUCCGAUGAGGAGUAUACGGAGAAGAGAGUUGUGAAAAAGAAGGUGACUACAGUCAAGCCGAAAGGGAGGUCGUGGAAAGAUGCUCCGACUGUUAUGAAUGGUCGAUCGCCACCCAAGUAGUACAAUAAUGGACAAACUGAGUGACUGAACUGUAAGCUGUAGGACUUUUUACGAACCGCAUCAGUGCAGAUUACACUAUAUGGAUUUAGACU